AUGCAUCAACACCCAUUCAUGGAAAUGAGAAUACGCCUGCUGAUGACGACGAUCCGGACGAUGAAGAGUACAACGUGUUGGCAGAGCUUGAAAGGCUCAGAGAGAUUGAAAGAGACAAAGAUGAACUGCGAAUGGAUAAAUUCACAGAAAUUCCAUUACGAGAGGUGGAAGGCCUUUUCCUGGAUCCUGAUUGGUGACGAUGUGGAAACUAUUCGCCCUGAACUUAUGCCACCGCCGGAGCCGUCUCCAAAGAAGAAGCGAUCACAUAAGCGUCGAUCAGCUGAUGCCACCGACUCCAAGCGGUCGAAGAAUUCACUUCCGGUAGACGAACCACCUCCUGAUGGAUCCUAUUCUUCUAGCCUGAUCAGCGGUGAACCGAUUACGUUCAAACUGGAGGAAUUGGAACAGUUGCGAAUCCAAUUAGAACAGCACGUACAAUUGCUCACGCAGUCUGUGGUGAUGUGUUAUCACGACAGUCGAUUGAUGCACAUGACAAACGCAUACCAGUUAAUGAUUAACGAACUGGACUCGCGUUACUAUGCUGGAGGUGCUUCAUCGUUCUUCAACAUCGGUAAUCUUGCUGCUGCCAUUGAGUCAUGCCAUGACAUUAUGGGUGUCACUCCCGUGGCUCAGGAACACGUUCGAUGGGAUCCGACGCCAUUUGGAUGGGCUCCACGACCAGAAGCCGCACUAGUGUUGGGCCGAAGUCGCGCCGUCAUCUACCCUGAUCUUCUACCUGGGGUGCAACCGGAUCCUCUUCGAUUUCAAUCACCAGUUCUUCACUGCUGGAGAAGAUUUACUUCUGGCUCACGCUCUAGUACAAUUUCGCCAUCUCCCUCAUUCCAGUUCUCAGGAUCCUUAUGGACGAUUAUAUUGGGUGCAGAGAAUGCUUUUACCUUGCAAAACGAUAGCGCAGAUACGUAG